AUGACUUUGACUGGUUUAUUAAUUAUUAAGUAAUUUGAUCUUUCCUUUUUAAGCUCAGGGGGCUCUUGGGAUUCUUGAUCUAGUACAAGUAGUUGUUUGCAUUUUUUGAGUAGAAGCAGCGGCCAUGUACUCUAGGAUCUCAAGGAGUGUGGUCAUCAGGAGACAAAAUUAUGGAAUUUUAUCUGCCCAUUUCAAAGCUUACAAAAGCACAGGUGCAUCACAAGCUCAAGGCACUGGUAAUGAACUACAAGAGCCUCAUAUAGGUGCCAAGAUCCAGCCCAGAGAAGAUAUUCAACCUCCCCAACCCAUUGAGCAGGCCAAUGGCAAGGAUAACAAAUUGGUAUAUUCCAGCUAUUGGGGAAUACCUCCCACCGGUAUAAAAAGAGAGGAUGGAUCUCCUUGGCCAUGGAAGUGCUUUAAACCUUGGGAAACAUAUUCUCCCGAUGUGAACAUAGAUCUGUCAAGACACCAUGUGCCCAAGCUGUUUCUGGAUAAAGUUGCCUACUGGACAGUUAAAAGCCUCAGGGUGCCCACAGAUAUUUUCUUUCAGAGGAGGUUUGGGUGCAGGGCCAUGAUGCUGGAGACAGUAGCUGCUGUGCCAGGAAUGGUGGGAGGAAUGCUCCUACACUUAAAAUCACUCCGUAAAUUUGAGCAUAGUGGUGGAUGGGUAAAGGCCCUUCUGGAAGAAGCUGAAAAUGAAAGAAUGCAUCUCAUGACCAUGGUAGAGGUUGUCAAGCCAAAGUGGUAUGAGCGGGCGUUGGUUUUGACUGUACAAGGAGUAUUCUUCAAUGCCUUUUUUCUGCUCUACUUGGCUUCUCCCAAAUUGGCUCACAGAGUAGUGGGUUAUCUUGAAGAGGAGGCCAUCCAUUCCUACACUGAAUUCCUAAAGGACCUUGACAAUGGUCACAUUGAAAAUGUUCCUGCACCUGCCAUAGCUAUUGAUUACUGGAGGCUCUCCAAAGAUGCAACUCUCAGGGAUGUUGUUAUUGUUAUCAGGGCUGAUGAAGCUCACCAUCGAGAUGUUAACCACUUUGCAUCUGACAUUCAUUUUCAAGGAAAACAGCUGAGAGAUGCUCCAGCCCCUGUUGGAUACCAUUGAUUUUGGGUUUACAUCUACAAUCUCCUUCAUUUGAUUUAGAUUUUAAGUUGCAUUUAUUAGGGAAUGAAAGAAUUCUAGUAUUGUAGGCCAAAAUUUAAAAUUGUGGCUUGACAGUUUUAAUUGGAAACACAAUCGCAACAAAGUAAAGUGAAUUGUAUCUAAAUUGAAAACAAAAUUUAUAAAAAAAUUUGCACUCAUUCAAAAGCUAA